GCCGAGCCGCUAGCCCACACGCAAGUUAAACGGCUACAUCCCCCUCCUUCCGGCAACUCAGCACCCCCAGCAUGAUGGAUUACGACCGCGGAGACGAGCGCCCGAGGAAAAGGGCCAAAUUGGCGUGUACGAAUUGCAACGCGCGAAGGGUCAAGUGUGACGUGACCAAUCGCCAACCAUGUCGCAAUUGCGAAAUGGCACAGGCUGUUUGUGAGACGCGCGAGUCAAAGCGCGGCAAGCAUCCACGAAAGUCAAAACGGGACAGUAAUCUUGACAAGCGCAACAGGGUUGCUGCACCGGGGGUCAAAGUUGACAUGACCCCUCCUGAAAGACACGAGGAUGACAUUGCCGCAUCACACGUGCUAGCGUCCCUGUCAACAAAGUUUCACAGCCCUGCAGAGAAUCAAACUGCAAACAACAGUAUCGACUUCCAAUUCGCCACCCCUCGUGCCCGUCAGGACUCGCAAGCCGGCCUCUUGCAGAUAGGGGUAAGUCGACCGGAAGACGAUGCCGCUGUGUUUUUAGGAGAGUCCAGCUCGCUUCGAUACGUGACUGAAGAAGAGGCACCAGCCCCAGCCGUUCGCCCUCGACUACGCCAUUCUGUACCCAAUGCCGUGAAGGCAGAGGCUCUUGUACCAGAAUGGGAGGCUGAGAGACGCCGCAAGCGCAUGGAAGCACUACAAGCAGAAGGGGCGUUUUCUUUCCCCUCCAGCGAUGUCCGCAUAGCACUACUCAAGGCGUUCUUCCAGUGGUUCCAUCCUCACUUUGCUGUUGUCGACGAAGCAGAAAUUUGGAAGUCGCACCGUCAAGGAACCAUCUCGCCCCUUUUAUUGCAGGCAAUGCUCUUUAUAGGCGUCAUCCACUGUGAAGAGCUGACGCUACGCAAUCUGGGAUGGGGGAAUCGUCAUCGGGCCCGAUAUAUCUUCUACAUUCGCGCCAAAGAUAUUUACGACGCAUCCUACGAGACAAACAAGUUAAUUGUCCUUCAAGCUGUAUUCUUGAUGAGCUUCUGGCGCGCCGGUGCGCUUUUGGAGAAGGAUGCUCGGCAUUGGCUGUCGGUUGCUAUAAGCUUGGCUCAAACCAAGGCACUCCAUCGCGCCACAGGGGACACUGACGAAAAGUCCGCAAGCCUCAAGCGUCGUAUAUGGUGGGCAAUAUAUGUCAGGGAACGCCAAUGUGGCUCAGCACUUGGUCUUCCCAACCGUAUCCGCGACGAGGACUGCGACGUCGAAUCUCUCACAACCGUCGAUUUUGAGCAUGCGUACCUCCCAACAACAUCACCAAUCGAUGCAGAGCGAUACAAAGACUACGGAGUGGGCAUGGUACAGCUUGCUUUAUUUCUGGGCAGGAUUGUUGACGCUGGUUAUCUACCGAGCCGAACCCUGAAGCCUGAAGAUCGCGCUCAGAUCCGAGACGAACUCUACAAGUGGAAGCAGGACCUCCCACUUGUGAUGCAAGUCUCAGUUGAUACUGGAGAUGAUCCCAGCUUUCAAGCCAGCAUGCUACACCUGGCGUUCAACAAUCUGCUGAUGCUCCUGUACCGAUCUAAUUUUAUCAAUGACGAAGACGGAAGCGCAGACAUCGAGGGCAACAUCGCGCUACAGGCCGCCGCCCGCAACUCUCGCAUCGUGGAAGACAUGUUACCACGCGCCAACAUUGGCCAUGCACAGAUACACGUCAUCACUAACCUGUUUAACACACUCUGUAUACACGUCGCCCAUCUCAGGAGGUCCUCAGGCAUCAAUCGAACGUUGGCCGAGCACCGUGCGAAGCUGUGCCUGCUAGGCCUACAGGAGCUGCAGAAGACAUGGGAAGUCACCAACUGGGUUUUGCAGCUCUUCUUUCAGUACCUCGACCGCUCCACCGCAGCGCGCCUCGCCAUGGAAGCGGAUGACAUCGGUAUCUCGAGCGUAGCAGCCCCUAGCGGGCAUGCAACACGUGCAUCUACACCUCUCACACAGCACGGCCAUGAUGUAGACGCCAAUGACAUCGAUGCAAUGAUCACGAUGCAGCAAAUGAGUAAUCAGCAAAACGAUACCGGCACAACACCAUGGUCGUGGACGACCGACGAGGCCAACCAAUACCUGUUCUCGCAAAUCGAAAACGAUUUUGCGUUUGGUGAGGGCGGUAUGCUGCAAUGGAGCCCGAACGAUCUCAUAUGCAGUGUUAUGACGCCAGACUUCGGAUUCAAUGACCUGCAUCCUCCCGAGAAUGGGGAUCUGCCGGAAUCUUGAAACAAUAUUCCGAAGCUUCGAACCACCACAAACUUGAAAUUAUAUGAGAAUCCUGCCGAAUAGCCUGACUUCCUCCCGACUUUCGAGCGCCGAAGAUCACAAACACACUGUUCUGGCGUAUAUCGGGCGGGAGAUGCGUUGGAAACUACUGCAGAUUAUAGAGAGGGACUCCGUCCAUACGCGUUCUAUUAGAUGUCAUGAGGCCUAAUAAGGAGAGUUGGAUAGCUCUCGCGCCUUGUAAAAUAUGGACGCUGCGUCCAGUCUCACUCAAAGGUAACCCACCGAUGCCAUGUGCAGAGUGCCCAGGUCCAUAAACAAUGCAAUGAUCUUAUUAUCUUAUUUGACAGGUAUAUUUGUUUUCCGGACGCUCAGCCCUCGUAAUGUUUCGUUUCGUAAAAGUCAUCCUCGUACCUCCGAAUGUCCAAUUUCACUUACGCGGGAGGAGAAGUGGGCUCG